ACUCGAACCUGCCAACUGGUGUGACGAAUUUUGCCUGACAUUUUUUCAAUACACAUAUUUGUGCGUAUACAUACGUAUAAUAACGCGCUGCGUCGCAUAAUUUUUGUGAAUUUUACGCUCGUUUAAUAAAACAACGCACCGGAACAAGCGCGUCUAUGGCAGAGGCGGCAAGUGGCACACAGUCCAGCAUUGGUCCAAUUGGUGGAAGCAAUGGUGCAGUUCCGGCUGGAAAUAACGCGACUGCAGCGGCAGCCCCUGGCAAUGCCAAUAGUGGUGCAGCGGCGACUGCUGUAAAUACAACUUCUAAUCCGAAUGCGGAAGUCAUACGCGGACAAGUAUUUGAAGUUGGACCACGCUAUAGGGAUUUGACUUACAUUGGCGAAGGUGCCUAUGGUAUGGUAGUAUCGGCGCUGGAUACAUUAACAAAUAUCAAAGUUGCUAUAAAAAAGAUUUCACCUUUCGAGCAUCAAACCUAUUGUCAGCGUACAUUGAGAGAAAUAAAAAUAUUAACCCGCUUUAAGCAUGAAAAUAUAAUUGAUAUUCGAGAUAUUUUGCGAGUAGAUAGCAUAGAACAGAUGAGGGAUGUAUAUAUUGUACAGUGUUUAAUGGAGACUGAUCUUUACAAACUACUUAAAACACAGAGGCUUAGCAAUGAUCACAUUUGUUAUUUCCUUUACCAAAUAUUGCGUGGUUUAAAAUACAUACAUUCGGCAAAUGUAUUGCAUCGUGAUUUGAAGCCAAGCAACCUCUUGCUGAAUACCACUUGUGAUCUUAAGAUUUGCGAUUUCGGCUUGGCGCGUGUAGCUGAUCCAGAUCACGAUCACACUGGGUUUUUGACAGAGUAUGUCGCAACCCGAUGGUAUCGAGCACCAGAAAUAAUGCUAAACUCAAAGGGUUAUACAAAGUCAAUCGAUAUUUGGUCGGUUGGAUGCAUUCUAGCGGAGAUGCUUAGCAAUCGGCCAAUAUUUCCAGGCAAACAUUAUUUGGAUCAAUUAAAUCAUAUUUUAGGCGUAUUAGGAUCGCCAUCAAAAGAAGAUUUAGAAUGUAUUAUAAAUGAAAAGGCCCGUAAUUAUUUGGAAUCGCUGCCAUUUAAACCGAAAGUACCGUGGUCACGACUAUUCCCCAACGCCGAUCCACUGGCCUUGGAUUUAUUAGGCAAAAUGCUAACGUUUAAUCCGCACAAUAGAAUACCCGUUGAACAAGCAUUAGCCCAUCCAUAUCUAGAGCAGUAUUAUGAUCCGGGGGAUGAGCCUGUUGCAGAGGUGCCUUUUAGCAUCAGCAUGGAGCUGGACGAUCUUCCAAGGGAAACUUUAAAAACACUAAUUUUUGAGGAAACACUAAAAUUCAAAGAACGGCAACCAGAUCAAGCGGUGUAAAGAUUUAUUGGUAUGCAACGUUUUUAUUGGCGCUUAAGAUACAGUGCAUUUAAGCAAAAACAAAAUACUGAAAACAAUAGCAAAAAAAAAAUAACAUUAAAUAUUUUAAAAUUUAAAUUCAACAUUUUAACAGUCAUCUUCAGUCAGUCAGCUAGAUUGACCUAAAUGGUUUAAACAAAAAUCGUGAUUGAAGGCUGAGUCAGACAUUCGUCAUCAACACAUGCUAAGAGUUCUAUGUGUACUCAGUCAAUCAUUUAGUCAACAAUCAAAUAAUCAUUCUAAUUAGCUAACGUUCAAGCACGUUGCCGUUAAUUUUGGCAUGUUUUCAUUGUGAUUCUCGUUACAUAUACUACAUAUAUAAAUUGCACUCUUCAUCUUCUUCGUCGUAGUGGUCGUCUUGUAUAAUUAUUUUCUAAAAUAUUAAGAUAAAUGAAGUAUUUUAAAUGUUUUCCUGUGUUGUAAACAUUAUUCUUAAACGCAAUAGCAAUAUACAACUACAAUUUAGGAGCAUUCAGUAAUUGAAGUAAAACAAGUAUAGAAUGUUACAAAAGUAUGUAAAUUUUAUAACGAAAUUCCAUUUACCAUUUAAAAAGUUGUUUCUUCACUAGCAAUUUAUACACAUUAAAAUAAAAACUCAACAAAAAUAUACAAGAAA